CCCAACUCCCCACGCUCUUCUUCUCUCCUAUAUAUAAUCCACCUGCGGCAAUCCCUGCACCUUCGAAGUUGCUCCGAUGGAAUCCUCGGAAGGAGCAGCGCCACCCUACUCUCCUUUCUUCCCUCAUCUCGCGCCUUCAAGCUGGUCUCAGUGCCAACAGCAAGACCAGUCUGCUUCGCUCCCUCAUCCGUGGGUGAUGUCAGGUGUCGUCGACUGGAAUCUGCCGCUUCUACCGAGCACGAUGGGACUGCAGCAGCAGCAGCAGCUGCUGCAGCCAGCGCCGGCGGCGAGCGAGGACAAGGAGAAGGGGAGGGGUGCCGCCGGGAGGAACAAGAAGGUCAUCAGGCCGAGGUUUGCUUUCCAAACGAGGAGUCCCAACGACAUCCUCGACGACGGCUAUCGUUGGCGGAAGUACGGCCAGAAAGCGGUCAAGAACAGCGUCCAUCCCAGCUACUACCGGUGCACUCACCACACAUGCAACGUGAAGAAGCAAGUCCAACGUCUGUCCAAGGAUACGAGCAUCGUUGUGACCACAUACGAAGGGAUCCACAACCAUCCAUGCGAGAAGCUAAUGGAGGCUCUGAGCCCCCUCCUUAAGCAGAUUCAGUUCCUCACUGGAUUCUGAGGUUGCUUUAACUUUAAUUAGCUGAUGUAGGAAGACAAAAGAAAGGAAGAAGGAAAGAAGGAAGAAGAAAAGCAUCUGCUUUGUAAUAAUGCAUACUUAAUUACUACUCCCUUUAUUAUGUAAAAGUAUAUAUCGUAAACAUCCAACAAAUAGUGUACUACUGCAGUACGUGUAAUGAACAAACAUAUUUACUGCAACAUUUGAUUCUUUUUU